UGGCUAGUCAACCUUCUUAGUUCUUACAGUAUAACUAAAACUAGUCAACCAAUGUGGCUAAGCAAAACAAUGAACUCAACUACCAUGAUUCUGUUGUUCUGCUCCACUUUGUCAUCUAUCUUGAUGAACUCCGUAGCAGUAGACACCAUCAGAGCCAACCAGACCAUGAGUGAUGGACGCCAGGUUAUUGUUGAUGGUGACACCAUAACAUCAGCUGAUGGAGAAUUCGAACUGGGAUUUUUCAGCCCUGGCAGGUCUACAAAAAGAUAUCUGGGAAUCUGGUACAAGAAAAAAUCUAACGGGACGGUCGUAUGGGUUGCUAACAGGGAUGCUCCUGUCACGAAUACCUUAGGCGUCGUUCGGGUUGAUACCAUGGGAAUUAUAUUGCAAACGGUUGAUGGUAUAAUAUGGUCUACAAAUAUUUCUGUGUCUGUCAAGAAUCCUGUUGCACAGCUACUAGAUUCAGGGAAUCUUGUUUUAAGGGAUGAUCAUAAUAUUAACAAGGAUGGAUUUAUUUGGCAGAGUUUUGAUUAUCCUGGAAAUAAUUUGCUACCUGGCAUGAAGCUUGGAUUGGACUUGGUAGCCGGCCUAGACAGGUACACUACAUCAUGGAAAAGUGAUGAUGAUCCCUCCACAGGGAGUUUCAUUCACCGGCUUGUUCCUAGUGGUUUUCCGCAAUUUUUUGUGUUCAAAGGUUCUGACACAUGGUCUAGGACUGGACCAUGGAAUGGUCACGAGUUCAGUGGCUCUUCGGAUAAUAAUCCAAAUGGAAUGUAUACAGAAAAUUUUGUUAUCAAUAAGAGGGAAGUGUACUAUCAGUUUGAUACCGUCCAUAAUACUGCUGAUAUAAGGUUUACACUGACGCCAACAGGAGAAAGAAGGAUUCUUGUAUGGAAUUAUGAAAAUCAAAUAUGGAUGAUAUAUUUUACCCAAGUGGUAAAUAACUGUGAUCGUUAUGCAUUUUGUGGUGCUUAUGGAAUUUGUAAUGACUUACUAAGGUGUGAAUGUUUGAGAGGAUUUGUACCCAAGUUUCCAAUGGUGUGGGAAGCAUCAGACUGGUCUGGUGGAUGUAUUCGUAAGAAUUUACAAGACUGCAGCACUGACGGGUUUGUGAAAUAUACUGGUGUGAAAUUGCCAGACACGCAACAUUCAUGGUAUGACAUGAGAAUUAGCCUUCAUGAAUGUGGGAGGGUGUGCCUGCAGAACUGCUCUUGUUCAGCUUACGCGAAUGCUGAUACUAGAAGUGGUGGAAGUGGAUGCAUCUUAUGGUUCAGUGAUCUAAUUGAUUUUGUAGGCUACAAAGAACAUGGACAAGAUAUAUAUGUAAGGAUGCCAGCAUCUGAAAUAGGGGAAUGGGAUGGCCGGAGGUCCAGAGGACAGAGGCAUAUAUGGAUUCCUGGAGUACUGGUAGUAAUGAUACUUGCUCCGAUAUUCUUUUGUUUAUCAAGGAAGUUGAAAAAAAGGAGAGAAGAAAACUUAAGAUUAACUUCAGAAGGUAUUGCUCUGAACAAAAUACAGAGUGAAGACUGGGAGUUGCCAUUAGUUGACUUCAAAAGAAUUGUACAUGCCACGGAUAACUUCUCCCGGGACAAUAAGCUUGGAGAGGGCGGCUAUGGACCUGUCUACAAGGGAAUAUUCAGUGAUGGACAAGAGAUAGCUGUCAAAAGGCUCUCGAAGAACUCUGGUCAAGGACUAGACGAGUUCAUAAAUGAAGUUUCAUGUAUUGCAAAACUUCAGCACAGGAAUUUAGUGACACUUCUUGGUUGCUGCACAGAGAAAGGAGAAAGGAUUUUAAUCUACGAAUAUAUGGCGAAUAAAAGCUUAGAUUCAUUUAUUUUUGAUGAAAAAGUAAGAAAGUCGAUGGACUGGUUGAGACGGUACAACAUAAUAAAUGGCAUUGCUAGGGGACUUUUAUAUCUUCAUCAAGAUUCAAAGCUAAGGAUCAUUCAUAGAGAUCUUAAAGCUAGUAAUAUUUUACUUGAUAAUGAGAUGAAUCCAAAGAUCUCAGACUUUGGCAUGGCGAGACGUUUCAGUGGAAGUCAAACAGAAGCAAAUACAUCAAGAAUUGUUGGGACAUAUGGUUACAUGUCUCCGGAGUAUGCUGGUGAUGGACAGUUCUCAGUCAAAUCCGAUGUAUAUAGUUUUGGUGUCUUACUUAUAGAGAUAGUAAGCGGAAUAAAGAACAGAUUAUUCAGUCAUUCAGAUCACAGCUUAAACCUACUCGGACAUGCAUGGAAGUGCUAUAACGAAGACAGGCUCGUAGAACUAAUCGAUGAGCUAAUCCUGGAGUCGAGUAAGCAGAUGGAAGUGUUUAGAGUUAUCUUAAUUGGACUACUGUGCGUUCAAGAAGAUCCAAUAGACAGACCAGUUAUGUCUGAAGUGGUUCAAAUGUUGAGCAGUAACACAACACUGCCUCAUCCUAAGAAACCUGGUUUCUUUAUAGAGCGAAGAUUGCAUGAAACAGAACACUUAUUGAGCAACCCCAAUUUUUCAUCAGGCAACCAGAUGACUGUUACAUCUAUCGUACCUCGAGAAUAGUUCUGAGUUAUGACACUGAGAAACUAAACAAACUGAAUGAUUAACGCCAGUGUUGAAGGCUUCAAGUCUUAUGCUCUCUGUGGUGAAGGACUUAUGUAAUCUCCUUGUUUUUUAGAGUGUGCUUACCUAAGUCAUUUUCGACUUUAAGCUGAAAAAUGUCUGUUUAUGUAAUAAGUCAGAAGUCGACUUAAAGUUAGAAAUAAGUAAACAAACUGAGUUAAAGCCAGAAGUUAGUUUGAUGUACUUUUUUCAGUGACUUCAUUUUUAUAAACUUUUCUUUCUAAAAGUUACUCAUAAGUCAUAAGUCCCA